CACCAGCGUGUCUCAAACUACGUCAUCACGCACAGAUCCGACGCGUCCUUGAAGCAUCGCACGGACAAGAUGGUCGCUUACUGGAGACAGGCUGGCGUCAGCUACAUCCGCUUCUCGUCUCUCUGCGCUAACGCGCUGCGCGCCGCCAUGAAGCCGCAGUUCCAGUCUGUCGCCCUGAAGGCCGCAGAGGCCAACGUGAAGGUCCACAAGCCCAAACCAGCAGCAUGAUUUGAGGCCGUGAUGUAGAUAGCUGUUCCCGGAGUUGUGAGGUCCUUUCACUGUCCUGUCCUGCACACCGGGGAGCAGACAAAAAAGAUGGAUGGCAUCAAGAUGACCUGAAUGAAAUUGCUGUGUUUUCCCUUUCAUUUGUAAUUUAAAAUCGUAUUAAAGAUGAAUAACGGAAGUACA